AUGAUUCCAAUUGUUGAGCGAUUUCAAAAGCUCAAACCUCGCACCUUCGCCAGACUCAUCGAUGAUUUGCUCCUCCCCUCUAAGUGGGUCCAACAAAUGGAAAAGAUUUUUGAUUUCCUUGGCUGCACAGAAGAACAAAGGAUAGCUUGUGCUGGUUUUCAACUAGAGGGCGAUGCUGAGGCUUGGUGGAAGAGUACUCGACCCAACCUCAUGGCUCUUCAUCCCAACCUCACUUGGGACCAAUUCAAGACUGCCUUCUAUGAGAACUAUUUCCCUAGGAACUUCUGGGAAAAGAAGGAAGCAGAGUUUAUGUCACUCGUUCAGGGGUCGAGGUCGGUACUAGAGUACCAACAGAAAUAUGAGGAAUUACACCACUUUGCUCCUCCUUAUCUUAGAGAUGACUAG